GCUGUAUGCAGUUCACAAUUCAUUUGUACCGCGAAGCGCGCCGCACGUAUGCGCGAGUUCAACACAGCCUGUAUUCAAGUGUUUUACGUAAAUAAAUAUUUUGCGUGUUAUAAACUUUGGAUUUUAUUAAUUUAAAUAUGGAGUACACAUUUUGGUCUCGGAUGUUUAUAUUAUGUGUUAUCCCGAUUAUCGUAACUUCAAUCACAAUAUCCCCAAAUGGAAACAGUCCCGAAAUCAAAAUGGUCGGAGGAGAGAGAGUCGACUUACAAAAAGGCUUUGUUCCUUCUAGAAUAGAAAACGAAGGAAGUAAUGUGAGGAAAAAUCUUGAGAAAAAUAAAAAUCUCAGAAUUAAUUCAACAAAAUUGGCUAUAAAUGAAAGAUACAGACGAUUAAUACCAUAUAUGACGUUUUACUACGCCAAUGAUCUAGUAGUGCCAACAACAGAGGCCUACAACAAAAAGAACGUUGAAGUAGAAAAGGCGCAAAUAGUAGAAGCAGGUACACUACAAUCUCAAAUGCAACAUGGACCGAAAAUGGUAUAUUCUACAAACCGUCAUCACAAUAUACCAAGAUAUCAAGGAAAUCGUUUAACACACUUCAAUAUCGCCUCAGCAAAUCCUACAAAGAUAUUUUAUAGUAAAGACGGUUAUCCUAUAGUUGUACAAAAUGUACCGAAACUAACAAGUCAUUAUAAUCCAUCAAUAUUAGAUCACCUUGUCGCUGAACAUGAUCCUAGAAGAUACGUUGCAAAAGAACCUAAAUUUUCCAAUGUACAAUACACUUCGGCCAGAAAACCAUACAUAAAUGUCCAUCACAGCGAAGAAAAUGCUCAAUACUACUUUCCUGAAAGAGAUGAUAUAAAAUACAAACUUGUGCCGUAUGAUCAAACCCCGCCUAUUAAAAAUUUGCCUCAAAUAGAAUAUGACAAUGCACCUAAGAAAUUUUAUAACAUUCCUUCAGAAGAUCUAAACGAUUCAGUAUACAUUAAACCCAGACCUCGUCCGCAAUAUCAUUUUGAUGAAUUAAAAACUGAACAUGGCAAAAAUAGAAAACCUCCUGCUACAAUUUCAGAAGUUUAUUACGAAAAGCAGAAUCCUUUGCCGAUAUCUGAACCUGUGAUUGAAACAGGUUUUAAGCCUAUUAUAAGUCAAACAACAGAAUCAGCUAAUCCCCUAUCAUACACACAAACAUUAUCCGCUACAGACCUUAAUCAUUAUGAUGUUGAAAAACCUCAAGAAUUACAAAUUGAAAGCGGACCUGCAGCCUUAGAAGAUAACGAAAAAACCCAGUAUGAACAAUACGUCGUCGAACAACCAACAUACAAACCGCAACCCGAAACUGCUAAUGCUAUAACACUUGCAGAUCUUUUGAACUCGUUACAGUUAAAUAAAUCUAUCCCAAAACCAAUUACAAAAGAAAAUGUGGGUUCAUCUAUACGAAUUUUAUUACAAGCAUUGAACGAUUUGAAGGGAAAACUCCAACAAAGUGAAGUAGACCCGCCAGUUCUUAGUUCACCUACGCCAUUUGUAGCUCCGAAACCAUCGGUUACUACAGUAAAACCUGUAAUACAAACUACAACUAGCCCUGCCAUUGAAGAUACCGGUUUAAGCGAAGAAGCUUAUUUAGCGGAAGUCGAAAAUCCAUCACAACAUUUAGACGAUUAUACAAGUACCAGUCAACGAUUCCCUCUACCUAUAACAUCCGACGAAGAAGGCGGUACACCCGGACACCCUGGAAUUGAUUAUCCUAUUCUUACAGUGAUACCACAAACAAAAUUCGAUUGCAAGACUCAACGCUACAAGGGCUUUUUUGCUGAUCCAGAAACAAGAUGUCAGGUAUGGCACUACUGCGAUUUAAAUGGUGGUCAAGCUUCAUUUUUGUGUCCAAACGGAACUAUAUUUUCUCAAGCGGCUCUAACCUGCGACUGGUGGUUCAACGUCAAAUGUUCUUCGACAGCGCAGCUUUAUGUUCUCAAUGAAAGCUUAUACAAGUAUAUUUUACCACAUUCACCGAAGUUCCCUGAAGAUUAUAGCGGACCAUUAGUUGACAAAUAUUUAACAUUGAAGUUUAAAGAAAUGGAGGAAGAAUUUAAAAAGAACAAAAACAAGAAUAAGCAGGGUGCUGAAGACAAAAUUGACAGUAACGAAGAUGAAGAUUCUAAAGAGGAUGAAAAGGAUGUCUCCGCAAGCUCAGAUGAAAAAGAAGAUGAAAUAGCAAAGAAACAAUCAAAUACAGUGAGCGAAUCCAGCGUCAUUGUAGCGACAUCAGGUGCUAGCGGAAAUGUCCAAAGGUUAGAAGACUAGAUUAAAAGAUGCGGAAAGUUGCAGGAUCAAUUAGAUCUGCCAAUAUGUUAACAUCAAUGUACCUAAUGAGGCAAAUAAACUGUGAUAGUUUAACUUCUUUA